AUGCAGCCAAGCCAGCACUUUGCGUCAGACGGCAAUUUGGGGACUGGGGGCCGUCUAGGCAGACGAGUGAUUGUUUCCGCUCUUCUGGGUGCCGGAAUUGGAUUCAGUCUCGGUGUUGCUUUCCAUGCCAUGUGGCAACUUCUUAUGCGGAUAUAUUCGGGCUCACCGGAAAGCGCGCGCACUGUUGAGUUGAGGGAUGAACUCUUUUCGCUGCGAUCAGAAUUUGUGGAAAUGCGCCGGUCGUUGGCCCUAAUGCAGAAAUCUUCACAUGAUGAUGUGCCGGAAGGCUUCCCAUCGUUCUAUAUCUCCGAUGACGAUGAUGACGACGGCGAUGAGUUUUUCGAAAUUGCCAAUGGAGAUAGCAGUCCGGACAACUACCUCUCAGCCGGGUCGGGAGACUUGCUGAACUCAGAACCAACCAGCUUUCAUUCUUUGGUUAGCGUUAGUGAUUCCAAGCGUGUUCGUCCUCGUUUGGGACCUGCGCUACCUCGAGAAGUGGCGGACGAGUUAGAUCAGCUUGCUGAUUUUGCUAUGGGCACUUCCACUGACAUUCCAUCUUCUCUGAAAGUUGGAGCUGGCGGGGAUGAGUCGCGUUUGGGAUCUCAGGCGUACGCCAGGUGCUUGGUGUAUAGGGCAAAGGUAAGACAUUAUGUUCCUUCUUUUCCUUGGUAUCCAAAACCAAUUCGCGAUGCGCUUUUAUCUGCUCAGUGGAUGCCUGAAUUCUGCCGUUUAUUCGCCGGCCGAUUUUGCGCCAGUUCACCCCUUACGUGA